CGAUGUUUUUAUCAUAGCAUUUCAAUGCAAUAGGACGAUUGCAAAAUGAUUUCAUUUGUUGUUCGCUUCUUUUAUCAACAUCAUCGAAGCUAAUGACAAUGAAAAUAUAUUUUUUAUUGUCCAUUAUUGGACUAUCUUUAUUUAAAGAGGCAAUUGGGGGAAAUUUCAUAUCAGCAGAAGAAACAUCCCCUCGACUUGCAACAACAGAAGCUGCACCCGUGAACGUGAGCAGUGUUUUAUCCAAUUAUGAUGGACUUAAUCUGGUACGUAAUGAUGAUCACAGAACAAUGGGAUUCGUCAAUGUUACAGAAAACGUAGGAGUUUCUUUCACAGAACAAGAUGAGGGGAUUAUUAUAGUCCUACUAGAUUCAAAAACAGGCCAAGCCGCAUGUUUGGCAGAUAACAAAGUUGCAGUGACCAAAAAUGAGGAAUUCAAAGGAGACGUAAUUAAAGCAUUGAAUUUAAUCCUGGACAAUUAUGUUUUCAAGAAAGAAUCUCUUCCACAAUCGUCAGAAUCUGCUGAUGAUGCUCUAGAAUUGUGGUCGAAUGUAUAUCUUCACCUAGGUCAUCCCAAAGAGAAGGGAAGCACAAGUUUUCGUAGCCUCAAAUAUUUACACCUGUUUUCGAGAAAUCUGAAACACUUAUAUUUGGGAUCCUUGAAUGGUUUGAUCCCAGGAAACGGUCCAUACCCUCUCAAACAGAAUCUUAACCGUUUCCUUACAAUUUCUAUAGGAUUACAAAAACUUUUCGGUAAAGCACAGGGAGGUCUGAAAAAUAUACUGUCUAGGAAUGUUACAUUUGAAGUAAACCCUCUUUUCAACGGCAAAAACGGCCUUGAAGUCCUGGUAUACGUUCUAAGACAAACAGGAGCUAAAUUCGACCUCACAGUAUUGUGGGGCAACCUUCUGAACAACAUAGAAGAUCUUCUAGACAUAAUUGGCAAGCUUGGUGGCGCUGAGAGCAAAAACGGUGUUGAUGAAACAGUCGCCAUAGUUGGACAUCUUUGGGGAGCUAUACAUUUCCGUAUACCGAUAACUAACUUCAUUCAAUUCCUUUUCGAAUCAUCUUCCGAAGACCACUGGAGCCAAGCUGACGAUGGAGACUUCAAAGAGAUCCUGAAAGACGUGAAGAACAUCACCGAUCAACAGGCUAAGAAAUACGAUACCGCGAUAAAACUCAGUGGAUUCGUAGUAUUCUUAACGAACCUCACCACAAACUCUGUAAUUGAGAACAACGUGAACAUUUCUGAGCUUGUUGAGAAAUGGCGCAAAAGAGACGUAAUAGGAGGGUUGCAUAUUAUAACUCAUAUCACUUUCCACAUCUUCAGUCCUGCUAAAUAUAGUGACUUAUUAUUCAACAGCUUCACAGCUUUCUUGAAUGCCACUUCUGAUCCAGAUUCAUUGAAAAAAAUUCUACCAGGUGUAUCUCCCGAAGAUUUCACAGGAGGAGGGGGUUCGAUACUGAAUGCAAUCAAUAAACAGUACAAUAUCGAUGACCAACUGAAGAAAGGAGGAAAUCCCAAUCAAAUACUGAAUGGAGUUCCAGUUUUCGGCCAGUUUUCGAAAGUUUUUAAUAACGCAUUAGGAAGAAAUUUCGACUUUGCUAAGGCUCUGAAUGGUGGUACUUUCAGCGAUCUCCUGUCUAGAUCACCGUUUACCAGACCUUUCCAAGCUGGUUUCGAUGUAUUCUCCCAUUUUGUACAGCAAGGUGGAAAUUUCUUGAAAAAUAUUUUCGUCGAUCCAAUCAGAAAUUUCCUUCCUAAUUUCCCAGGUGUACCCGGUUUACCUAAUUUGCCCCAACUACCUAUUUCUCCAAAUUCACCACAACAAUCACCUCUACCAAUUCCACCCAUUGUACCCCAACAAUCAUUAUUACCCCUUCCAUCAAACUUGCCAUUCUUACCAGCUGGAAUCUUACCCUCUAAUACCGUUGCAAAAAAUACCCAAUCUGAUGAAUCCAAAGCUACUACGGCUAAAGAUGUAGAAAAAGAAGAAGAAUCCAAAUCAACAGUAGGUUCAUCCUCAACUAAAAAACCGGUUGAAGAUGACGCUGAGUCUGAAAGUGCAGGAAAAUCAACUACGCCUUCUAGUGAAGAAACUCACUUGACUGCUUCCAUUUCAACUAAUCCAACCUCUGAAGGUUCAGAAACUCCAAACGAGAUCUCUGAAGGCACAUCCAGGAUCUCAACCGAGAAAAAGGGAGAUGACAAUGAGAAAACUGAAGAAUCAAAUUCGGUUACUGCUAAGGCUUCCACGUCAGGAUCCACUGAAGAGGCUAUCGAAUUCAAGCACCACAAGAACAAACAUCACGUUCAAAACAAACACCAUGAAAACCACAAUCAGAGGCAUCACCAUAACAAUAAACAACACCACCACAGACAUCAACAUGUUGAAGAAGAUCACAAAAAUAAACACCACUCUAGAAAACAUCAGGAAAAACAUAAUCACGAAACGGUCCAUCAUAACAGAAACAUAAACGAGAACCAUCAUGAAAGAAAACAUAACAGAGAUCAUAAGCAUGAGGAAAAACAUCUUAAGAGAUCGUUGUCCAUGAAACAUCAUGAUAAAAAGGAAGAUAUUCAUUAUUGAAUUUCCAAUUCAGUGGGUUGUUCAUAUCGAAAACAUAAAAGAAAUUAUGGUGGAGGAAAACAAAAAGAAUAAAUACAUGAAAUUAUUA